AAAAAAUCCAUCCAAAUUAAAUUCCCUACAGCCACCACCGAGUCAAAGUGGAGCAAACAACCGUGUGGCAUGGGCACAUCUGAAUCAUCACUUCUCUUCCUUGCCUUCCAUCCUGUCUGGAAUACCCACUGGCUAAACCCCUUUGGAUGGGUGUCAACGUUGUCGGGUGUCAUGCCAAAUUCCCAACAUGCGUCCACUAUCAUCCUUUUCAGUAAUGGGAUCGUGGAACUGGGGCGGAUGGUAGAUCAAGCAAUGCGUUCCACUUGUAUUACUGAUUUCCUUUUUGCCUUUUUCUUUUAUUAUUCGAUUUUAUUAUUUUUCUUUUUCUUUUUUCGAAUUUCCGUUUUUAAUUUCCAUCUUCCUGACCGAGGGAUAAUUAAGUGUUUGAACUAUUUGGGUAAGAAGUUACUUGAACUACUACCUGCCCUUUAGUUCCCAUACAUAUACAUACAUACAUUCAUCCUUCCCUCCAUGGAUCCUAUGGAUUGACUUCCCCGUACCUUACCUCAAAGCCUUGUGACCCUCACACCCCUGUGUCAUCUUGAAUGGAAAAGUCCCGAUCUUUAUUACAGAUCCUUUGAUCCUUUGCAUAUUGCAGUCCUGCAGUCACCCAUGGGGCUUAUC